CGUUAAUUUACUUCCGGUAUAGCUUUCUUAUCGAAUUUGUUUACCCUUUUUGCUUACUUAACGAGCAGCUGAUGACCUUUCUUACACGAUAACAACCGCCAUACUUGAUAACACGCAGCGAACAAGAUGGCUUCCACCGGUACAGUACCCGCGACAAUGAAAGCUUUAGUGAAGACAAAGGAAGCUUUUUCAUUCGAUCUACAGACCGUACCCGUGCCGGAACCGACGGGCGACGAGGUGUUGAUAAAAGUGGACGCAGUGUCGGUAUGUGGUUCCGACAUCAACAUGUACACAUGGAAUGAUGUGGCCAAAGUCAUAGCAACGAUACCGUUUACGCCCGGCCACGAGUGUGCAGGUACGGUAGUCAAGUGUGGACCAGACGCCGACAUACCGGUGGGCAGUAAAGUCGGCGUAGAGAAUCAUUACUACUGCGGAACAUGUUACCAGUGUACGCAUGACACCCGCGAAAUAUGUCUCAACAUGGGGCAGUUCGGACACGGGAGGCAGACGCCGUAUGGAGGAUGUUCCGAGUACACAAUAGUUCCUGCCAAGUUUCUAUACGUACUCAAACGAUCUCUGACACCCGACCAGAUCGCAAUGCUGGAGCCCCUUGGUGUCGCCCACAAUGCGGUGGAGCGACUCGACUGUAGGGGAGAAGAUGUACUGGUCAUCGGCUGUGGGGCCGUGGGUAUCCUGGUGCAGAAAGUCGCCAGGUCUAUGGGGGCCAAGAGGGUGAUUGCAGCUGACAUUGACGAAAGUAAAUUAAAAUUUGCCAAAGAACUUGGGGCAGAUAUAACUGUCAACACUAAAGAAAAAGACUUGAAAGAGUUUAUCAAAUCGUUUACUGAUGGUGUCGGUAUGGGACGUAUAUGUGAGUGCAGUGGUGCCGCAGUCAUGGUCAACGCCACCUUCCCAAUGCUGAGGAAAGGGGGACAACUGGUGUUAGUCGGCCUUCCCAAACAGCCACUUCACGUGGAGAACGUUCUUCAGGACGUAGUGUUUAAGGCGUUGACGCUGAAGACGGUGCAUGGCCGUCGUAUAUUCCACACCUGGCGUGAAACCGAGGCUCUGGUAGCGGAGGGCAAGGUCGACGUGGACCAAGUCAUCACGCAUCAUUUUUCGAUGACGCAGUUCGAGGAGGCAUUCAGAGUACUGAUGGCUGGCGAGGCAUGCAAGAUAGUGCUCUACCCCUCACAGUAGUCCGGCGCUACCCUAGCGCGAGUCAAGUCCGCACUUACCUCAACGGCACCCUCAAAUGCUCAAAAUCGUGACGUCACUGACACAUUUAUGGAAGAUUAAGAAAUUGAUUACAUCCAAUUGAUUACAAUUUGUUAAUUAUGAAUGUUUUUUUAUAUGAUUUUCUAUGAUUCAUCAAAUUUGAUGCGCUACUCUUUAAUCAUAAUUUUAUGACAAAGUAAAUAAGAUCAAAUUAUUAAAAUAGAUAUCAAUUCAAAUAUCAAUUGGAUGAACAGAUACUUGUUAAUUGAGUAUGUGGUAGAUCACGUGGUUACCUAAAAACACAUUGUAGGAUUUGGUUGCUAUGACAAUACUGUCACACAUUAUUAAAAAGGAAUGCUACCAUGCCUCAUGCGUGCACAUCAAUUAUGUAUUCAAUUGUCUCUAGUUAUAUGAUUAUACUAUAAAUCUAGGGUGCAUCAAAUCGUUAUAAUAAAAAUGAUCAUAAAAUUUGUUCAUGUUUCCAAGACUAAUUAAAGUGGUUUUCGAUGGGCAACUUUUCCUGUUCACUUGAAUAGAGCCCAACCCUUAAACCACCUGGUCAAGGAAGUAUUUCUUACUGAUAUUGUAUACAGUAUCUGCUUCAGGGUAUUAACUAUGUGUUCUCGCUGUAAGGAGAGCUGUCUUCCUUAUUGACGGUGGUGAACAGCACAGAUUAUCGUAUUAUCGUAUUAUAUUUUAUACAUUAAAUUUAAGCAGCAAUAAUAACUAUUUGUUGAUCGUUGAUUAAAUAAAUCACUGUUAAUCGGCUUUUUGUUGGUAUUAUUUUUCUAAAUUAUACCCUGAUACAAUGUCAUUGUUA